CUGGGCAGAGUGCAACUGUGAGAUGCUAGGAACCGUAAACGGUGAUUCUUUAUAACUUAUAAACAAGUUAGCACGCGUUAUAGUAUACCCACCUAAAUUAUCAAUUAGUCGCGGACUGUUCGGUCCGUUGUAGUUGAAAUAACUAUAACUAGUGUAUGUCAUGAUUUUAAAAAAGAUAACUGUAUAAAAAUUACUCCAUGUUAUACAUAAUUAACACAUCCUUAAGAAAACGGUUUCUGAUGCUUCACCAGACGUAGAAAAUGGAAGGAUAUUUAGUUCUCCAUUAAAAUGUGGUUUAUGCGGUAAAUAAAUAUUACCCCAUACAGAUUAUGAAGGCUUUUACGAAACAAAAAUAAAAAACAUGUGUGUUUUGAAUUUCAUAUUAUUGUUUUCAGCCUCGCCGCGUAAAAUUACUGCCGGGGAAAAUCCCCCUAAUAUGAUUUUGUUAAAUUUAAUUCUACGUUCCCAAAUUACCGAUUCGAUAAAUUUUAUGACAAACUGCACAUCUCUAAUAACAAUGAAGAACAAUUUUUUUUCAAGUGUAGAACUAAUUUCGGAUAUGAAACUUCAUGGGCGCACAAAUGUCAAAACGGGACUAUUUUUUUGUGACGUCUUUAAGUAUCUACAAGUUGAACCACUGGUGUACUGUUAAACCACCGGUGACCGCGGACAGAGACCUCGCUCGUAGGAAGUACUUUACUCUUUGCCGCCACCAAGUUACAAAUAUAUAAUUAUAGAAAAAUAGGCUUGGUGCCCUAAUACCUAAUAUCGAUGUACUCUUUAUUACACAACUUAAUGUAAAAUAACCCGUUGAUUGCGCAACUAUUGAUGUGAAUGCGUCAUCAUCACGUCAACAUUCGUUUUUGCUUACUGGGCAGAGUCAUAUCUAAUCUUUUCUGUACUAUAUAAAUGGAUAGAUCUACGUCUUUUUCAGUUAAGCUUAGGCGUCAUGGAGAGGAAUAUAGAAAAAAAGCAAGUUGUAAUAACCGGAGGAGCUCAAGGAAUCGGUUUUUCUACUGCUGAGAAAUUCUUAGAAAAGGGAGCUCGUCUGGUCAUUAUACUUGACAUUGAUGAGAAACAAGGCCAAGCUUCAGCAGAAACGUUGAAAUCUAAAUAUGGAGAAGGCAGAGCAGAAUUCUACAAAUGUGAUAUAACAUCUGACCUUGACCCUGUUACAAACACAAUAUUUGACAAACAUGGCUUCAUUGACGUUCUAGUGAAUAAUGCGGGUAUCUGCAACGAAUACAUGCUUCGGAAGACUAUAGAGGUUAAUGUGACAGCGGUUAUGGAAUGGUCGAUAAGAUUUUUUGACCGAACGAGGAAGGACAAGGGCGGUAAUGGUGGAACAGUGAUCAACAUAGCGUCUCAAUAUGGUUUCCGGGUGGAUCAAUUUAUGCCAAUAUAUCAAGGCUCAAAGUUUGCUGUGAUUGGGUUCACGAGAAGUUUUGGCCAUUCUUACCGUUACAAGAAAUACGGCGUCAGGGUAGUUGCAGUAUGUCCAGGAGCUACAAGAACUAAGUUAUCGACGAAAACGAAAAUGAACGAUGACCCAAGCGUGCAGAAGGAUUUCGAGGAAAUGUUAAAAACUGAAACCUGGCAAGAAGUGGAAGCUGUGUCCAAUGUCAUAGCAUAUGUUUUUGAGAACGCUGAUAGUGGAACAGCAUGGUUAAGUGAAGAUUCAAAACCAGCAAAAGAGGUUUAGGAACAAAAUUUAAAAAUUAAGACCUCAUUAGCGUAGACCAUAAAGUAACACAAACGCAGGGCUGUGUAGGCUUUUGAAUUAAUUAAAACCCCAGAGAAAUUUUGACACAGACAAAAAUAAAAGAAAAUCCUGUGGGCGUUGUUGACUAAUACGAUCACCUACAAUAUAUACACAUUACUAUAGAUAUGUUAGCCUCUGAUUAUCCCACAGGUUUCUUACAUUUUUAUGGGUUGAAUGUAUCUUACGGCCUUUUAGACAUUAAAAUACAAACCCAUAUCUGAAAUUUUAAGAAAAUUAUCUGUGUGCGUAAGUUCAUAGAAAGCUAUUCAAUUGUUCUUACGUGAUUAAGCAACAAUCAUUAAACACACUUACUUCUACAAUGUUCAUUAUAUUAGAAGUAAGCACUUAAAAUAAAAUACUAAAAACCAAUAUCUGUUACUUAAUUAUUUUUUAAUCUAUCCAAUCAUCA